GUUAUGGUCCAAUACGCCAUCUACACACCUCUAGUGUAUAUCUGCAGAACAUAAAGAACUGAGUGCCUAGACUAACCUAUUUGUUCCUCUGAGAGUGCCUAGAGUUUGGAAUAACCUAAAAACAACAUAAAUUUUAUGUAAAUUUAGAGUUUGCCGACAAUGAACAUUAUUUAGGUACUAUAAAGUCACUGAAUGUCCAUGUCUCACAAAAAGGAAAGAAAAGGAUAAUAUAAGGCUAAAUGGUGAGCAACUUUAGUGAGAUUUAUAUCAAUUAGGCUGACAGGGGACCCUUUUUUUUUUUUUUCUCAGGCUUAUGCUUUAAGCAAUGCCUAUGAAGUGUCACCAUUUCCAUCAACUGCUGUAAACACCCUGGCAGGUCUCAAUGAAAUCAGGCUUUUUACUGAAAUGUUUAUAGUUGUUUGCAUGUGAAUAUCAUCAUCAUCAUCACAAUGGGUUUGGUGAAUUGAAACAUGGGAAAUGAAAUGGGGAACAACAACACUUCUGGGUUUCAAGAAGAAAAUAACACAGUUGACAAUAAAUCUGUACAAGAAUUUGAUCACGCAGAUGGUUUGAAAGGACAAAAUCAUGUAGUUCAAGCAAUUUUAGAUACUGAUUCUCAAACAGCAAAUAAAGAAGAAGGCGAGAAAACUCAGGAAGAUGCUGCUCGAACAGAUUACGAACAGGAACAAAAUCAUGAAGUUGUUGUAUCUGAAGAUGUAUAUGUAAAUGGAAAAGAUGAAAAAGAAGAAGAUACUAACAUGAUUCCAGUAGAUAAGGAACAUUCAAUGAUAGAAUCUGGUUAUGAAGAAGAGGCAAAAGGGCAAGGUCAUUUAGUACCUGCAGCUGAGGAUAAAGAUACUCGAAAUGAGACGGAAUCUGCUACUCUUCAACAUGAUGGCCUAGCAUCUCCUUGUAUAAAGGACGGGGAGCAUGAUGAGAAAGAACAAGAUAGUAGCACAAUUCUUGAUGUAGAGGAAAUGCCCUUGAAAGAAGCUGCUAGGACAGAAGAAGCAAAUGCAGAAGCUUGCCUAGUUCCUGCAGGUGGAGAUGAAAGUACUUGUGGAACCGAGACAGGCCAGGUUUCCGGUGAUCGUGGUGGAAAGGAAUUUCCAAGUGUUGACAAGCAGAAACCUGAUGAGAAAGAAGAAGAUAUUACUGUAAAUGAUGAAACUGAGGAACAAUCCUCACAAGAAGCUGCUAAUACAGAUGAAACAAAUGCAGAAGCUUGCCUAGUUCCGGCAGGUGGAGAUGAAAGUAAUCGUGGAACUGAGACAGGCCAGGUUUCUGGUGAUCGUGGUGGAAUGGAAUAUCCAAGUGUUGAUAAGCAGACACCUGAUGAGAAAGAAGAAGAUAUUACUGUAAAUGAUGAAACUGAGGAACAAUCCUCACAAGAAGCUGCUAGCACAGAUGUAUUAGAUAGACAAGUUCAACUACUUCCUGUAGUUGAAGAUAAAGCUACUCAUGGGAAUCAAAUAGGCUUUGUUACUAGUGAUCCCGAGGGAACCGCAGAUCUUAAUGGUGACAAUCCGAAAGAGCAUGAGAAAGAAGAAGAUACUAACAUGAUUCAAGUAGAUAAGGAAAAUUCCAUGAAAGAAGCUGGUUAUGCAGAUGAUGCAGAAGGACAAGAUCAUUUAGUUCCAGCAGCUGAGGAUAAAAAUACUCGGGGAAACGAGACGGAAUCAGUUUCUCUUGAACAUGAUGGCCUAGCAUCUCCCCAUAUUGAGGACUCGGAGCACGAAGAGAAAGAACAAGAUACUAGCACAAUUCUUGAAGUAGAGGAAAUACCCCUGAAAGAAGCUGCUAUUACAGAUGAAACAAAUGCAGAAGCUCGCCUAGCUCCUGCAGGUGGAGAUGAGAGUACUCAUGGAACUGAGACAGGGCUGGUUUUCGAUGAUCAUGAUGGAACGGAAUAUCCAUGUAUUGACAAGCAGAAACAUGAUGAGAAAGAAGAUAUUACCAUAAAUGAUGAAGCUGCAGAACGAUCCUCACAAGAAGCUGCUAACACAGAUGUAUUAGCUACAGUUGAAGAUAAAGCUACUCAUGGAAAUGAAAUAGGCUUGGAUUCUACUGAACCCGAGGAAACCGCGGAUCUUCAGAGUGACAAUCCGGAAGAGCAUGAGACAGAAAUGAACAACACAAAUGCUGAACCUCAAGAGAAACCUCUAGCAAAAGAUGAUAUUGAAGAAAAAAAUCCAACAAUUCGUGCAGCUGAAGGUGAAGAUUAUAAUAAAACAGAGGCCGUAUUGGCUUCUGGUGACCCUGUGGUAGUAGGAGAUACUCCUGAUAACAAGAUAUUGGAAGGGCAAGAACAAGGAAAAACUGAACUUGAUCCUCCAGCUGAAUCUACAGAAGUUGAUGCAAAACCAGGUGAAGUAGUUGGAGGCAGUGAAACCGAACCAACUUCUUCAACUAAGAACCUGGAAGAUCAAGAGAUGGAAAAAGAGUCAAAUUUCGAGGAGAAUCUGUCUGGAAGAAAUCAUGAUGUUGAGAACCAGAAUCCCAUGAAGAAAGAAGAUGAGGAGGCAAGCAACUCACUAUCUGGUGCAGCAUCUUCACUCGAGCCUGAUGAGCAUGAGUUGGCUGAAAUCUGCACUGAACUACUGGUACUAGAGAGUAAUGGGCCAGUGAAGAGUGAGGAUAUGAUCAUACCAUCUUUGACGUGCCAAGAUCAGGAAAAUGGUUUCAUUUUAGAUGAUAGCGUAUCAACGGAUCCGGUCGAGACUGUUUCUCCUGAUCUAAGUCCGGAGGCAGGAAAAGGAAGGGAUGAGUUCUUGGUGGAAGAAAUGGCAAUUAAAGAAGUGAGCAGGGAUGAGAAACUUGAACUUAAAGAUGGGGAUGAUGAGGCUGGGAAUGGAUUAGGAACUAUAACCACAGUAAUGACAGAUUUGCCAACAGGAUUUGGAGCCAAAUGCAAUGGAGAGUUGCCAAGUGAGAUGAACUCAGCUAAAAAUGAUUCCAUUGAAUCACAGAAAAUCCUGGUUGAAGCUUCCGAAACCGAGCUCGAAGACGAAGGCAUGGUUCUUAGCCAAAAAGGUGCAUCGGUAGAGGAGGAAUCUGAAAAUGGAAAUGCCAAGCAGUCCCAUUGCCAGGUUCAAUCUGCACAGGAGGCAACUGAAAAACCAAAUGGCCAGGGGUCUGAAGAAGGAUCAAAAGAUGAUGAUCAAAGCGCCUUGUCACCUCAGUUUAUGAUGAAUGGCCGUCAGAAAGAGAAAAUAACAUGUCUGCUCAAUGCUGAUUGUGAUUCAAACAAGGACUGUCAAUUUCUGCAGGCAAAGAUUCUUGAGAAUGGUCACAUGGUUGAUGCAUCUAUUAACCACCAGAAACAACAAAAGGGCUCACAACAAGAAGUUCAAUUGGUCACUGAUUCUUCAGACACCUUUUUCAUGGAUCAAAUGAACAAAGAAGAAUCAGAAGAGAAAAAAAUUAUAGAAGAAAAGAAAGAUUCAAAUCCCAUUGAAAAUGGAAAGCAGUGUAUAUCUCAAUCAUAUGAUCCUAUAGAACAGAUGCAGGGAAGUGACAUGGCAGAAGUAAAGCAAGAACCUUUAUGGGAUCUUUCAGAAUAUCCAAAACCAAUUCCAUUAACAAUGAUUGACACUACACCAAAACAGUGUAGUAAACAAUGUGCAAAUGGUGAAACACCUCAAGUUGUUGCCAUUGCCAAUGGUGAUUAUAAUAACCAAAGAGAAAGUGUGGGAAGGUUCAGCCUGGAAUCCAAUCCUGAUACCAUUAAUUCUCAAAUGAGAAAAUCCCCAAGCUUUGAUCUUGAUCUCAGAAUCCAUGCAAGAGCUGAAGACUCAGAUCAAACACCUUUGCUGUAUCAAGAUAAGACCACCAUUGAGAGCUUCUCGACCCAAGCUGAGGAGAAAGCCAACACUGAAAACGGUGAAAACCCAUCACAGUACGAAUCAAUGGCUACUGAGGAGAAAGCUGUAACAUUAGAAAGAAGUGAUUCGGAGAAGUCAAGAACCCCAUUCCUGGGAUUCUUGAAAGAAGAUGAAGAAGAAGCUGAUGAACAUAACAUGUUAAUGGAGAAGAACCCAAAGAAACAAGGCAACCAAUCUGCAACAAACAAGACAACCACAAAGGUUUCAACAUCUGUUACAACAAAAGGUAAAGUGAAACGCAAGCCUAUUACUGCUUUCUUUGGCACCUGCAUGUGUUGUGCAACUGUGACAAAUUAAUCAAAUAAACACCAUUGAAGACCCUUUUUUUUUCCUUUUGUUUUUGUUUGGGUUGAGUUGGGUUGGGUUGGGUUGGGUUGAGCUUAAUUAUUAUUUUUAUUUAAUUGAAGCUUUGAAAAAUGGAGUUUUGUGAGAGAUGUGAAUUGUAACUAUGGCUGUAUUUUUUUCUUUUUUUGGGGUUUCUUAUUGAAUUUGUAUAAAAGAUGGAGUUUGAUGAUGUAAAAGUAAAACUUGGGCAAUAUUUAUUUUUUGCUGCCUUUGAUUGUAAUAUUUGCUAAUUUUAUAUUAAAAAAGAUGAAGGGUUCUAUUUAUUUAUUAA